ACAAACCAAUUCCAUUUCAAUAAAUCAAAAACAUUCUUCUUUCACUUUCAAAUUAUCCAAGAUUGUUCAAAUUAACAAUUCGUACGUAAGUCCAUAAAUUAAACUCCUAAGUCCUAGUCAUUAACCAUGAUAGCAAUUCGUUUGCUUGCAACUCUUUUGGUUCCAUUUCUUCUUGCAUCAUUAGUUUCUUCUUAUUCCAUGAAUGAAGUUAAACUUUGGUGUAACAAAACCCCUAACCCUCAACCAUGUGAGUAUUUCUUGAACAAUAACCCUACUUACAAACACAAACUCAUAAAACAAAAAGUUGAUUUCUUUACACUUUCAUUACAACUUGCUCAACAAAGAGCACUCAUAGGCCAUGGAAAAAUUCUUUCAUUAGGUUCAAAAUGUAAUAACCCACGUGAAAAAUCUGCAUGGGCUGAUUGUGUUGAGCUAUAUGAACAAACCAUCCUUAAACUCAACAAAACCCUAGACACUAAAACAAAGUUUUCUCAAGUUGAUGCUCAAACAUGGCUAAGCACUGCUCUCACAAACCUUGAAACAUGUAAAAGUGGAUUCUAUGAACUUGGUGUUCAAGAUUACAUUCUUCCUCUCAUGUCCAAUAAUGUUACUAAGUUAUUAAGUAACACUUUGGCUAUUAACAAAGUUCAAUAUCAAGAACCAAGUUACAAAAAUGGUUUUCCAACAUGGGUUAAGCCAGGUGAUAGAAAACUAUUGCAAACAAGUUCUUCAUCUUCUCGACCUAAUGUAGUAGUUGCGAAAGAUGGGUCGGGAAAGUACACAACGGUUAGUGCAGCUGUGAAUGCGGCACCAAAGAAUAACAAAGGAAGGUAUGUUAUACAUGUGAAGGCUGGUGUUUACAAUGAACAAGUUGAGAUCAAGGCAAAAAAUAUUAUGUUGGUCGGAGAUGGUAUCGGAAAGACUAUAAUCACCGGUAGUAAAAGUGUUGGUGGAGGAACCACGACAUUCCGUUCUGCCACAGUUGCCGCUGUUGGAGAUGGAUUUAUUGCUCAAGAUAUCACAUUUAGGAACACCGCCGGUGCAAAUAACCAUCAAGCAGUAGCCUUACGUUCUGGAUCAGACUUAUCUGUAUUUUAUAGAUGUAGUUUUGAAGGUUAUCAAGACACACUAUACGUUCAUUCAGAUAGACAAUUCUACAAAGAAUGUAACAUUUAUGGUACAGUUGAUUUCAUAUUUGGUAAUGCUGCAGCAGUGUUUCAAAAUUGUAACAUAUUUGCAAGAAACCCUCCAAACAAAGUUAACACAAUCACUGCACAAGGUAGAACAGAUCCUAACCAAAACACUGGCAUUUCUAUUCAUAAUUCUAGGGUUACAGCCGCUUCGGAUUUGAAACGUGUUCAAAAUUCUGUUAAAACUUAUCUUGGAAGACCAUGGAAACAAUAUUCAAGGACAGUUUUUAUGAAGACUUCUCUUGAUAGUUUGAUUCAUCCUACAGGUUGGUUAGAAUGGAGUGGUAAUUUUGCAUUAAGUACUUUAUAUUAUGGAGAGUAUAUGAACACUGGUCUUGGUUCUUCGACAAGAAAUCGGGUUAAAUGGCAAGGUUAUCAUGUGAUAACGAGUGCUUCUGAGGCAUCGAAAUUCACUGUUUCAAGUUUGAUUGCGGGAAACUCAUGGUUGCCCGCAACUAAAGUUCCUUUUACAUCUACUCUUUGAUUGAGUAGAAACACUUUACUCUCAUUUGUUGAUUGUUUGAUUUGUUUAAAUAUUUAUUUUAUAUUUUUAUAAUUUGUCUUUUUUUAAUUUUUUUUUGAAAUUAUUCAUUUGUUCUUGGAUUGUAUAAUAAAAAUCAUACACAUAUUUUGUAAUAGUAAAUGCAAAAGCCUGACCCAAAAAAGAAAGGCAUGCAAAGUAAAUUUGUUGUUUAUGAUCUUAUUUGUUAGUUAUUAAUAUUA